UGAUCUCUGCUCUACUUGCGUUCUGGACGUAUUUCGUAGUAUCGAAGAGGUCUCCGCCAGUUAGCACGGAACGGCCUAACCUCCUCACGUUUCACGUCCAGAAGGAUCAUUCAACCCGUCUACUGGAAAGUGAUGAUGUUCAAUUCAUUGUGCAGGAUAAGCAAGACCCGAAUGAAUACCCGACGGUAACUCUCAUGACACGUCCGACGUCGGUCUAUAGGCCACGGUCGAAUGAUGCAUUCCCGGAUGCUCGAUUCAAUCCUGAGGACGUGCACGUCGAAUGGGAGGAAGUAGAAAUCGAAGGUCCUGAUAUCGAGAACAGGCAUACACUCCAACAACUCGCAAUGAUGUCCGGAAAUGCCUACGCGCUCCCUGGAAGGAAGAACUGGUAUGAUCUCGAUGGCGCAUGGAACGAAUCGUUCCCAUUCGGUUGGGAAGACACCGCAGACGGCUUCCGCGGACACAUAUUCGCAUCAUCUGAUAAUUCAACGAUUAUCUUGUCUAUAAAGGGUACAACUAUCCAAGGACCAACCUCCAAGAAGGAUAAAUUCAACGACAAUUUAUUAUUUUCGUGCUGUUGCGCUCGUGUGGAUAUUUCUUGGAUAUUUAGCACUGUCUGUGAUUGCUUCUCCAAGCAUUGGAGAUGUGAUAACACGUGUUUGUCAGAAGCGCUGAUGAAAGACAGUUUGUUUUAUUCUGUUGGGGUUAAUCUGUAUAGGAACUUAACUAGCCUCUACCCAUCCGCCAACAUUUGGCUCACCGGUCAUUCGCUAGGAGGUGCCUUAGCAGCUCUCCUCGGCACAACGUUCGGAGUUCCUUCAGUAGCAUUCGAAUCCCCAGGCGAACUACUCGCCGCUCAACGACUCCACCUAUCUCUACCUCCACAAACACCCGUCACGCACGUCUACCACAACGCAGACCCAAUUCCACAAGGUGCUUGUACCGGUAUCGGGAGCGUCUGUGCACAAUCUGGAUAUGCACUCGAGACGACAUGUCAUCUUGGAAAGAAAAUUGUGUAUGAUACGAUGGGAGCGUAUGGCUGGCGUGCGUCAGAUGUGACGAAACAUACGAUUCGUGAAAUUGUUACUGUUGUACUCGCUGAUGAGCGGGAAUGGGAGCCUGGAAGACAUGUGCCGCUAGCGGUGGAUGAAGACCCGGACUGUCUUGAUUCGGAAUGUUACAAAUGGGAAUUUGGCGACUUCAAGCACAAAGAUAUUUCAUCUUGACGAUACUCACGCAUCAAGGAUAAUUAUUUGCAAUUU